GCGGCCGCCCUGGGGCCGUCGGGAUGGAGGUGAGAAGACGGCCGUGACGCGCGUCCGCGCGGCCCCCUGCACCCCCAGCAGCCCACAGCGCUCCCCGCCCCCCUCCCCCGCAGCAGCGGGCCUUGCCGUGGAGUGACAGCGGCCUGGGGGGGCAGGGGGGGCGGGGGCGGCCGGACCAGCGAUGCCGGCGGGCAUGACGAAGCAUGGCUCCCGCUCCACCAGCUCGCUGCCGCCCGAGCCCAUGGAGAUCGUGCGCAGCAAGGCGUGCUCCCGGCGCGUCCGCCUCAACGUCGGGGGACUGGCGCACGAGGUGCUCUGGCGCACCCUGGACCGCCUGCCCCGCACGCGGCUGGGCAAGCUCCGCGACUGCAACACGCACGACUCGCUCCUCGAGGUGUGCGACGACUACAGCCUCGACGACAACGAGUACUUCUUCGACCGCCACCCGGGCGCCUUCACCUCCAUCCUCAACUUCUACCGCACCGGGAGGCUGCACAUGAUGGAGGAGAUGUGCGCGCUCAGCUUCAGCCAAGAGCUCGACUACUGGGGCAUCGACGAGAUCUACCUGGAGUCUUGCUGCCAGGCCCGCUACCACCAGAAGAAGGAGCAGAUGAACGAGGAGCUCAAGCGGGAGGCCGAGACGCUGCGGGAGCGGGAGGGCGAGGAGUUCGACAACACGUGCUGCGCAGAGAAGAGGAAGAAACUCUGGGACCUGCUGGAGAAACCCAACUCCUCUGUGGCUGCCAAGAUCCUCGCCAUAAUUUCCAUCAUGUUCAUCGUCCUCUCCACUAUUGCCCUGUCCCUCAACACACUGCCCGAGCUGCAGAGCCUCGAUGAGUUCGGCCAGACCACAGACAAUCCGCAGCUGGCCCACGUGGAGGCCGUGUGCAUUGCGUGGUUCACCAUGGAAUACCUGCUGCGGUUCCUCUCCUCGCCCAAGAAGUGGAAGUUCUUCAAGGGCCCGCUCAACGCCAUUGACUUGUUGGCCAUCCUGCCAUACUACGUCACCAUCUUCCUCACCGAAUCCAACAAGAGCGUGCUGCAGUUCCAGAACGUCCGCCGGGUGGUCCAGAUCUUCCGCAUCAUGCGUAUCCUCCGAAUCCUUAAGCUUGCGCGCCACUCCACUGGCCUCCAGUCUUUGGGCUUCACUCUGCGGAGGAGCUACAACGAGCUGGGCUUGCUCAUCCUCUUCCUCGCCAUGGGCAUCAUGAUCUUCUCCAGCCUUGUCUUCUUUGCCGAGAAGGAUGAGGAUGACACCAAGUUCAAAAGCAUCCCGGCCUCUUUCUGGUGGGCCACCAUCACCAUGACAACCGUUGGGUAUGGAGACAUCUACCCCAAAACUCUCCUGGGGAAAAUUGUUGGGGGGCUCUGCUGCAUCGCGGGGGUCCUGGUGAUUGCUCUUCCCAUCCCCAUCAUCGUCAAUAACUUCUCUGAGUUCUACAAGGAGCAGAAGAGGCAGGAGAAAGCAAUCAAGCGGAGGGAGGCUCUGGAGAGAGCCAAGCGGAAUGGCAGCAUCGUGUCCAUGAACAUGAAGGAUGCUUUCGCCCGGAGCAUCGAGAUGAUGGACAUCGUGGUUGAGAAAAAUGGGGAGAGUGUGAGUAAGAAGGACAAAGUGCAAGAUAACCACUUGUCCCCCAACAAGUGGAAAUGGACAAAGAGAACACUGUCCGAAACCAGCUCAAGUAAGUCCUUUGAAACCAAGGAGCAGGGAUCCCCUGAGAAGGCCAGAUCAUCUUCUAGUCCUCAGCACCUGAACGUUCAGCAAUUGGAAGACAUGUACAAUAAGAUGGCCAAGACCCAGUCCCAACCCAUCCUCAACACCAAGGAGUCAGCAACACAGAGCAAACCAAAGGAAGAACUUGAAAUGGAGAGUAUCCCCAGCCCUGUAGCCCCUCUGCCCACUCGCACAGAGGGGGUCAUUGACAUGCGAAGUAUGUCGAGCAUUGAUAGCUUCAUUAGUUGUGCCACAGACUUCCCUGAAGCCACCAGAUUCUCCCACAGCCCUUUAACAUCACUCCCCAGCAAGACUGGGGGCAGCAUGGCCCCAGAGAUGGGUUGGCGGGGAGCUCUGGGUGCCAGUGGUGGUAGGUUCAUAGAGGCCAACCCCAGCCCCGAUGCCAGCCAUCACUCUAGUUUCUUCAUCGAGAGCCCCAAGAGUUCCAUGAAGACCAACAACCCCUUGAAGCUCCGAGCACUUAAAGUCAACUUCAUGGAGGGUGACCCCAGUCCAUUACUCCCCACUCUGGGGAUGUACCAUGACCCUCUUAGGAACCGGGGGGGUGCUACAGCUGCUGUCGCUGGACUGGAGUGUGCCACACUCCUGGACAAGCCUGUGCUGAGCCCCGAGUCCUCCAUCUACACUACAGCAAGUGCUAGGACACCCCCCCGGUCACCCGAGAAACACACAGCAAUAGCAUUCGGCUUUGAGGCGGGAAUCCACCAGUACAUUGACGCCGACACAGAUGAGGAGGGGCAGCUGCUCUACAGCGUGGACUCCAGCCCUCCCAAAAGCCUCCAUGGGAGCGCCAGCCCCAAGUUCAGUGUCGGGACAAGAUCAGACAAGAACCACUUCGAAAGCUCCCCCUUGCCCACCUCCCCUAAGUUCCUAAGGCAGAACUGUAUUUACUCUACAGAGGCAUUGACUGGAAAAGGCCCCAGUGGUCAGGAAAAGUGCAAACUUGAGAACCACAUCUCCCCCGACGUCCGCGUGUUGCCGGGGGCAGGAGCCCACGGCAGCACACAGGAUCAGGGCCUCUGAACGGCCCCGCCACGGAGGAGAGACUUUGGGGCAAGAUCCAAAGAGGAGGGCUGUUCAGAAAAGCCACAGAGCUUUUCUUCAUGAACUCUGAAACAGAAAGGCCUGCAAAGCCCCCAGAAAGAAGAGAGACUCCAGAGAAGGCUCCCUAAGACCUUGAGAGCCAUGACAGGUUCAUCAGCAUGAAGUUGGCCAAGCCGUAGGGUACAGCGCCUCCUUGUAACAAUUCCAUUGCCCUCUUUGGGAGAUGACAUGAGCAGAACUCACAGCCACCACUACCACCAUUCUGGACGUAACCGAGGCCACCUACUCCCCAACCUUCUCUUCGAGGGCAGCAUUUCCAUCCCUCCUGACUUCAGCUGGAGAAGGAUACUGGAGCAAGUGGCUGGUGUCGAAAGAGUGGGUUGACCAGUUUGGUAUUGGGUGUUGCCCGGCCACCUCUAGGAACACCUGUCCGUCACCUCCUGGAUGGAUCCCACAGUUAGAAGGCUACAGGGAAUGCUUGUGUCAUGGGGAGAUCUCUGCGCCAUAAGCAACGAUCCCAGCGCAAAACUCUUACUCAAAUGUCUUCAUUGACUUCGGUGUUCCAUAGUACCUGAGAUUUUAUAUUUUGAGAUAUCGUAGGUGAGUUGCACCACUUGUACUCAAUUCUAAUUGCCCCCUGGCGAUCUGGGAAGGGGUCAGAAGGCGGGCACUCAGCCAACAGUAUGAACUCGGAGUGUUGCUUUAGGGUUGUAGGAGGAAAACACUUCCUGUAUAUCAUCAGUGUAGACUCAAAAGAUAUGCAAGUGUCAAAUAUGCAAAAGAAAUAGCUUAUUCUAAGAGACCGUGUGUUCCUAAAGAACAGCAUAAAAAUCUGAUUUUUUUUUUUACCUGCAAAAAUGAAAGGAAAAGAAUACCCAUAAUUGAAAUGCCCAGUUCAGACUUUGAAUACUUCCUGCCAUGGCAGGGAAAGCGCCUACUAUAAUAGAAAUUCUUCUUUGUUUCCUGUGAUUUUCAAG